CGACUCAACUCAAACGUAAACAAAAGAGGAACAAAAGCACAAAAAAUUCAUCAAUUUUUAUCAUUUUCCCGUAUUUUUGUAGCAUUUUUUGCAUUUUUGUUGUUAUUUUUGGAUCAUCAUCCCGUAACUCACACACAUCAACAAGCAGUAUGGACAAACUCAAGCAAGUGCUCAGUGGACGAGAAAAUGAAGAAGAAACGGGAAUUAUGGGAACCUUAAACGAAGCCAGUACCCUGAGUUGGGAAACUCGUAUCAAAGGUUUUGCUAUUUGCUUCGUUGUUGGCAUUCUCUUUACACUUCUGGCAUCAUUUGCAUUAUUUCUCAAUCGCGGAUUGACAGUUUUUGCGGCCUUUUACACCAUCGGCAAUAUUUUGUCGCUUCUCAGUACGUGUUUCCUCAUGGGACCCGUGAAACAAAUCAAAAAGAUGUUUUCAUCGACACGCUGGAUCGCAACAUGUAUCAUGUUGGCAUCAUUGGUGCUUACCUUGGUAGCUGCUUUAGUGCUCAAAAAAGCACUUUUGGCGUUGCUUUUUAUCAUAAUUCAAGGAUUAGCAAUGACUUGGUAUUCACUUUCUUAUAUCCCAUAUGCUAGAGACGCCGUCAAGAAAACAUUCAAUGCAUGCAUAGAUGUUUAAGUUUUGUUGAUAUUUUUAAAGAAUAAAGAAAAAGUGAUUGUGAAAAAAAGGAAGAGACAACACAAAAUAAUAAUUUUUGUGAUAAUUUUAAGUCUAAAUAAUGCACAACUCUAUACAAUUUACCUAUAACUUGUUUCCAUUUAUAUACAAUUGUAUUAUUUUUGAUAAUAAUAUUUCAGUUACUCAAGAAACAAUCAUUUACAUUUAUAAAAUUUAAAAAAAAAUAGACAAUAAGACUA